UAUAAAUAUAGAUAGAUACUAAGACAUAUAAACCAAACCCACCAAACACUCUUUGAUACUUCUCUCUCUCUCUCCCUCUCUUCAUAAAAUACAUAUAUACCUCGAUCUCUUUGUGUUCUUGAUAUUAAUACAGAGAGCCAAUCAAAUUAAAGAUCGAGGAUAUCAUGACAAGUGUUCUUGAGGAGAGUGGAGAGCAAGCUCGUCUUGUUCUUCUCAUCAAGGGCAAACGCACCAAACGUCAGCGCUCUGCUUCUCCUCUUAUGACUGCAGUAUCCAGCGUUUGCAGCGGUGAGCGAUCGUCGCUGGUGGAGGCGAGAGAAGAAGAAGCUGCUGGUGAAGUCGAAUUCCAAGGAGCUACCGAUGAAGACGAAGACAUGGCGAACUGUCUGAUGCUAUUGUCGCAAGGACAUAAGGCUAAGAGCAGCGGCGAUCAUAAAUUGGGUUUCUUUAGCAACAAGAAACCGGUGGCUUCUCUAGGGUUAGGUCUAGACGGUGUUUACCAGUGCAAAACGUGCGAUAAAAGCUUCCAUUCGUUCCAAGCGCUAGGAGGGCACAGGGCUAGUCACAAGAAGCCCAAACUUGGAGCAAGCGUUGUUUUCAAAUGCGAAGAGAAGAAGACCGCAUCUGUGUCUGCGGUUGAAACGGUGGAAGCUGGAGCUGUAGGAAGCUUUCUUUCUCUACAAGUGACUAGCAGUGACGGUAACAAGAAACCGGAGAAAACACACGAAUGUUCGAUCUGCAAGGCCGAGUUCUCUUCAGGACAAGCCUUAGGAGGUCACAUGAGGAGACAUAGAGGCUUAACAGUAAACGCAAACGCAGCUUCAACAAUCAAAACAGUGAUAUCAUCAUCAAGUCAUCAUCAUGAAGAAUCCAUACGGCCAAAGACCUUUCUCCAAUUAGAUCUAAAUCUUCCAGCGCCAGAAGAUGAACGCUGCUGCGAGAAACCAAAAUUCACGUUUGCGUCCAAAGAUCAGAUUCUUCUCUUCGCGGCAGCGUCCAAUUCUUUGAUUGAUUGUCAUCACUAAUUAAGUAGUUCUCUGUAAUUACUUUUUAUGACCUUGAUAUAUUUUAAUCAUUAACCCUCUUCUUAUUAUGA